CUCUCCUGUACUGUGAUAGCUUCAGAAGCCAGUCAGAACUAAGGAUCAUCUUAAUAGAGGCCGUCUGGUGCAAGACAUCAUGCUGAGAGGAGGUGGCUCUGCAGUCCUGGUCGCGAUCUGCAUCCUCGGCAUCUCGGGAAGAAGUCUAGCUGACACAUCCAACGCAGCAAUCGCGCAGACCCUGCAGGGCGCGUCGAAUAAUCCACAAAUAGCAGGCACAAGCGCUAAGACAGGGACAGCGACAGCACCUUCCGCCAGCACCGCUGCUGUGUUCAGCCAGUCGUCUGCAGCUGCACAGCCAGCGCAGCCAACCUCGCUGCAGGCAUCGGAUGUCAACAAUGCUCUUCUACAGGCGACCAGUCUAGCGACGCAAGUGCUUCAGAGCGCACCGCCCGCGCAAGCGAUCAUCCCAGCUGGCAGCACUGCCACAACUAACAGCAUCACAAUUCCCAGGGGACAGGACCAGGGCAGCAUGACCCUGAACCCAGAUGGAGUCACCCUCAAGAGCAGCCCCGAUGCCCCUUCCAUGACGAUCGGCAAUGCAGGUGUGAGGUACAAUGAGCCGGAGGUGAACCCCAUCCCAGAGCAGGCAGAAGGCAGCCUCUUCCCAGGGCAGGGGCUGAGCGUGGUGCAGAACUAUCCCAUCAAUGACCAGGGCACGGGGCCGGCGCCGGUUUCGAAAUCGAACUUCCAGCCGCUCGGUUCAAACGUCGGGGGCAUCACGACACCAGCGCAGAACGCGGCGGCCGCGCUCGCGAGCAUGGGACAGGGAGGCCACAACAGCAACGCCCAGGCUAUCGGGGCGAAGCAGAACAGCAACCCUUACUUCCGGAACGCUGACACACAGUCCUCAAAGAAGACGCAGUCCUACGCAGCGCAGAUUCCCGCCAAUGCCCAAGGCGCGGCCGCGGACCCCAACGCCGUAACGCUGACUGGACCCGGCGGCAACUCUGUCAGCCUCGGCCGGCGGUUGCUGCGGGAAAUCACUUCUGAGGAUCUGUAA